AUGCGGCAGGAAGUGUGCAGCUUUCCCCCUCUUUCUUUCUCCCCUGUCGUUGUCUUCUGUCGCCUCGACGUCCGAUCCCGUCUCCAGCUCGGUUCAAAAACUGCGUUCCAUCUCAACCUUUUGGCGCAGUUCCUCAUCCGUCGGGACGGUCUUUGGAAUUCACGUGCUCGGCCCCAUCCCCGCGCUUCUCGCUCCUCCCUCUGCGUGCACUCAGCCACCUUCACGGGCGUCUUCGAGUACGACGGCAUGGACCUGCGCGAGCUGUCCAUUGAUGCGAACGCUGCAACCGACGCAGGCUCUCCCUCUUCCUCUCCUUCAUCUCCCGCUUCAUCGCCUUCACCUGUGUCGCCUCCUGGCUCUUCUCUUUCGGCUGCGGCGUCGUCAGAAGGCGGGGCUGAGAGUACAGGAGUCGGCGACGAGAGGAAAGGGGGGCCAGACACCGUGACGCGCAGUCCAUCUUCGCUCGCCGGGGACAUCCUCGUGCUCGCUGGCGUCUCGGCUGACGUCCGCGUCGGGGACUCUGUCGUCGAUCUCCUGGAUCCUCGGCCACUCGCUCCGUUGAACGUGGCCGAUCCGUCCGUCUCCAUUCAGGUGCUUGUGAACACUUCACCCCUCGCCGGCAAGGAAGUGGAGACGCCGACCUCGGGGACCUUGCUGCGUCAGCGCCUGCUCGCCAUGACAGAAAGAGACGUCUCGCUGCGCGUCGACACAACUCCAGACGACGACGGCGUGCAGUCCGGGGGAGGCUCGUGCCUCCUUCGCCUCAGCGGCCGAGGCCCUCUCCACCUCGCCCUCGUCCUCGAGACUCUGCGACGAGAGGGAUUCGAGCUCGUCGUCGCUGCUCCCUCCGUUCUGCCGAGAAAAGGCGACCUCGUCGACGUCACGAAUGCGUCUUCGACGUCUUCGUCUGCGCUGUCGACUCUGGUUUUCCGCCUGCCGACGCGAAAGGCAUUUGGUCUCCGUUCCGCGAUUUUGACGGCUUCGAAGGGAACGGCGUCGAUCCACGCGGCCGCAGGAGGCUACCAGGUGGUCCCGAAGGGCGAGGAGACCGACGGCCUGGUGAAGAUUGCGCGGAAGGAUCGGCACGCGAUGAUGGGGUCGUCCGCGGAGGUGUCGGGGAAAAGACAUCCAGACAAGUCUGGGUCCGUAGCGUCCAAGGGCUGCAAUGCGUUCAUCCCCAAGGAAGGCGCGAAACAGUCCGGAGGCUUCAACAUCAAGAGAGGCAUCGAAGGGGCUGGAGCAGGAAAAAAGAAAGACCGGGGCUUCCUCGUCGCCACCGAGGAAGGGACCGUCACCGGCAAAGGCGCUCUCAGUGCUCAGGAGAGAGGCCAGCUAUUUGUUUCACCCGGAGACCAAGUGUAUGGAGGCAUGAUCGUCGGACUGAACAGCAGAGGAGGGGACCUUCCGAUCAAUGUGUGCAAGGCGAAGAAGUUGACGAACAUGCGAGCAGCACACAAAGAGAUCAGUGAAGGCAUCGUCCCCCCCAUUGAAGUCACCUUGGAUUACGGCAUGGAGAUUAUCGGGGUGGUCUUGAUGAUUAGUAUGAUCAUCUAUUCCAUCUACGUAGUGGUAGCUAACGAUAUCGGCUAUUUCAACUAUAAGUUCUUCUACCUGACGCUACUGUACUCCUCUCUGACUCUGUCCUUCGCUUCAGCAACCAUGUUUCCCACUGCCACAGCCGCUUUGGGUGACCCGAAUAUUCCUUUUGAGACAGUGUACUUCAUUCUGUCGGGAGCUGUCCUGAGUUUCUGCGUUCUUUGCAUCGUUGGAAGCUUUUUCAUCUUCCACACAUACCUCGUGUCGAUUAACUGUUCUACCGUGGAAUACUGCGAGAAACGUCGGGGCGGCCCAGGCCACGAUUGGGAUUUAGGUGUCCUGAAAAACAUUAAAGAGGUUCUGCCCAGAGUGCUGACGGUCAUGCGGUCUGAAGGACGCGGCGCUGAGGAGAGCAUCCUCAGAGAGAAAAUACGGCGUCUGACUACUGAGCAUGGGUUUGAUUCGAGAGACGCAAUGGACGCAGACCUCGUUCAAGGGGUGGAUGUCCAUGAGGCUAAAGAGCAUGGAAAAUACAGCAAGGUCCGGAAAAUCGACACGCAACUCAUUGUUGCCCUCCACGAUAUGGAGAACAUUGCGGAGUUGUUUACCGCUUCGGGCUAUCCGAAAUGCGGGAAGUACAGCCUCUGCUGCAGUCCCAAAGAGCUUGGGGACUUAGGCUGCGGGUUCCCUCUCUUCUUCGACUUUCUCAAGAUGUUGCUCGUCCUGUCAGCCACCCAGUGCAUUUUCUUGUCGCCUGUUCUCCUCGGAGUCUACAACUUCUGGUCUCACGAACCUUCGACGCGCUGUUCGGUCUAUACUGCCGUCCUCGGAACGGCAGGCUGCCUCGAUGCCCGUGCGCGCUCUUCGCUGCUCCCCGUGUCAAUGGUGUUCGUAACAAUAGUUGUGUCGGUCGCGCUCUUUCCCCACUUCAGUCGGCGACAGCAACUGGUUGCAAAGAUGUCAACGGAUGAAGUGAUUCGGCCCGAUAGCUUCGCCGUCGCUGUGUCUGGGUUACCAGAGGACGCUGUCGAUGAAGCUGAAAUUGCCAAGUUUUUCGAAGAGAAUGCUCUGUUUGGAAGCAGACCAGCCUCGAUAGUUAAAGUCGUCAUAGGCUUCGAUGUUGGCCAGUACUACGAGUAUGCCAGGAGGCAGAGUUACCUUAAAAAAAAGCUGAGACGCACUGGAAAACCGCAGGAUUUAGAAGAAAAACGCUUGCGAGAGCAACUGACGAGGUUGGAAGAAAAGUUCAAAAGUCUAGAGUCUAUGCACCUCAGGGGAACAGGAUUUGCGAUCGUCCUCUUUUGCUACCAGCUCGUUCGGAGGGCUCCGAAUCCUUCAGAUAUUCAAUGGGAAAACCUCGGUUAUAGCAGCAGCCGCCGAUUGCUUGCCAAGGUGGCUACAAUUUCCAUCGGUGCGAUCAUCUGGUUCUUCGCGCUCUCAGUUGACGUUGUGCUGCUGUCGCUGAAUGUGCGAAUCCACAACGAAAGUUAUCGCGGGACGGGACUCGAUUGGUUCAAACCCGUUGAAACCCUCAUCGAACAAAUCGACCUCACGCCGAUCCGGGAGGCGCUUGCUGACCCGCUGAACAUGCGAGCACACUUUGGCCAUUUGCUCCUCUCGUUUGCUCCCAGUGUCAUCACCACCAUCGUGAACGGCGCCGCCGGAUGGGUGCUCGAUUUCAUGUCUCAAUAUGAACGGCAUCGAACCGUGACUGGCCGAGAGGCUUCUUCGCUGCUGAAACUCACGAUCGUCUUCACUCUCAACACUGCGGUCAAGUACAUCUUUGUGCUGAACCAAUCGGAGUGGUGCAUCCUGGUGGAGCCCAUCGUCACUGCGUUUCCUUGUCAGUGGGUACUGGUGACGGAAGGAAUACCUGGCUUCCGUUUACAGUCGCAGACGCUGUUGCCUGUCUGUGUACUCAAGUAUGACAGACUUGCGACGGUUCUGAAGUCUUUCGCGCUGACUGUAAUGUAUCUUCCUCUCGCUCCGAUCGGAGGCUUCUUCGGCAUGGUGAUGUGGGGCAUCUACUACUGGACGUACAAGUACAUGUUGCUGCGGAGGUGUAAAAGGCCUUACGUUCAGUCUGCUCUGUUGCCAGAAACCGCUCUCCGACUCGCUCGGUUCUUCCUGCUCUUCGUGCCUCUCAUGGGGACCUACCUUCUCGUCCCGUCCUUUGACGCUUCGCUUCACUUCACCAUCAAAAUGGUGAUGCUUUCUGGCCUGUGCGUCGCGGCGUUCUUCCUCGUUCUUCCCGGCCGUGUCGCGCAAACGCUGUGCGCCACCCACCAGUGUCAGCCUAUGAAGGAAAAGACGCUCUGGGAGACGUUGACGUACUACGAAGCGCAGCACAUGUUUGUUGACAAAUACCACCGAACCAAUCCAGUGUAUCGCGUGUUGCCUACGGCCCUCAAUCCGGACAUUCUUGCGCCUGAAGCCUCAAGAUUCAGUUCGCCACAAAACGCGCCGUUCGAACUCGAGGAAGUCCGACCGAAGCGGCGAAGGCCAGGCCUGCUCACAAACUUCAGCCAAGGCCUCGGGCUCCAGGAACACGUGCGAUGUCAUUUGCGGGCGACCAUUGCAGCGAACGUGGGAGUCUCUCGCGCCGCCGACGGCCGUUUCCCUCGCGCGCUUCCGGUGUCUCUGGACCCUGUCCUGAUUUUGUCGGAGCAUCUUCCGCCGGAAAUUGGGGAUGCGGUGAGGCGGAAAACGAUGGCGCCUUCACCUGGAGAACUCCGGAAGGCGGAAACAGGCGUUGGGAUCUCCUCGAGCCUUCACACCCAGAGCUCUUCUUCCGGCGCGAGACCUGAGACGCUUUUCGAUAACUCUUGCUCUCUCGCGUCAUCUGAUUCGCCUCACGCGACGUCAAACGAGGCAGAGACAGAACGCCUGGCUGCCAACUUCGACGAGGAAGGACAAGAAACACAAAAACACCUUCGCGUAGAAUCGCCUUUCCACGGGACUGCGCCUGGAAGUCAACGUGGAGAGCUCUAG